GGGAGAGGGGAGCGCCCAGGACCGAAGGCGGAACGGCAGCCCACCGCUACCGAGGAGAAAUAACCCGAGUCCAUCUCCCCAAGUCAAUGAGUUUAGUGGCAGAGGAGCCCCCGCGGUGGAGUCGGCCAGAGCUGCGCUUUUCCUAAAAUAUGACCAGGGGUGCUUGGAUGUUUCGGCAGCAAGAUGACGGCUUAAAAAUCUGGUUUGCACCCCGAGAGAACGAGAAGCCAUUUACCGAGUCCGAGCGGGCCCAGAGAUGGCGCCUGUCGCUGGCCUCUCUUCUCUUCAUCACGGUCCUGCUCUCUGAUCACUUGUGGUUCUGCGCCGAGGCCAAACUGACACGAACCCGAGACAAGUGGCAGGAUAAGCAGCUCGCCUUUACAGACAUGGCCGAGUACCUAAACUCGACUCACCACCACCACAUCCCCUCCUCUGACUCCCGUCCCCCCCACAACCGCAUAAUCAGAGAGCUAGAUGAUAUUUUUAUAGGGAAUUCUACCAAACCUCUAUGGCAACUGGACAUAUGUCACCCGGACAGCCUGUCUAAAGACUGCUUCACUUUCACGGACGCAGAGCCCGUGUGCCUUGGCCUCUCCGGGGGCGGGGAGGAGGGUACGCAUUCGGCGGGCGUGAAUCUGAGCGAUUUGUAUCUUUCUUUUUGUAAUUCCUACUCCCUUUUGGAUUUGUUUAGCGGGUUUACGAGUCCGAACAAUAUAAACUGCAGCCUGGAUGUGGCUGAGGGAGACACGCUGGGAUGCAGCAAGUGUGUUCGCGCUUACCAGCGCUUUGACCGGCAAGCUCAGGAGGACUACCAGGAGUUUGAGCUGCUGGUUGAGAAAUAUGAGACGGAUGAAUACUCGGUCAGGACAUGUAUGGAAGAAUGCAAGAUGGUAUAUAAGCCCUGGCUGUGCUCGCAGUACUUCCAGACCACCCAGAUCCACUGCAGUAAGAGGAUCCCGUGUGGCCAGUACUGUCUGGAGGUGCAGCAGAGGUGUCCCUUUAUCCUGCCUGACAACGACGAUCUCAUCUAUGGAGGAAGUCCCAGUUUUAUAUGCACAGGGCUGUUGGAGGAGUACCCUGGGGGUGUAGAGGCAGAGUGCUGUGAUGUCCGGUGGGACAUCCAGAUGGAAGCAGACAACAACCGUUCUCGGGGGACCCUCAAAAGAACUCACCCAUCCUGUCACCACCGAACCUCUCUCAGUUCCUCGGCCGCGUGCAGACUUUGCAACAGCCGGCUCAAACUCUGCCUGCUCAUCCUUGUCCUCCUACACACUGUUGCCUCCCUCACCGCAUCCCACAAUGCAACGGGAGUGGGCUUGGGUCUUCCUGCCUCCCUCGUCCCUCUGGAGGAAAGUUCCCCCACCAAUGAGGAGUGAUGGGAUGGCUGAGGACUUACGUUGUCAUGGCAACAGUGUGGCUAUGAGGAUUUGAAACAUCUCUGCCUUGGUCGGGAAUGCUAAGUGCUGUGGACUUGACAUCUGCAGCCGUCGUGCUUUCUGGGUAAUGGAGUCUUUGCUGAGGUUUGGGACUACUUGGAGACAUACAAAUCAAUCAAAACAAACAGACAAACAAACAAAGAGAAAAAAAACAUGACUGUGGUGGGAAUGUGGGACAAUGCCACAGUCUGACUGUGAAGUUGCUGAGUUUCUCUCUGCUCUUUUUUUUUACACUGUGUUCCUGUAUUGGCUUUUAGUUGCACUGGCUGACUACGUGAUAACAUUCACUCUCCCUCUUUUUGAAUUUCCAUCCUUUAUGUUUUAUGAUGUUCCUUUAUGGGUCUCUCGCACAGGAAAAUGUCUCAUCGAUAUAGGAUAGGUAACAUGUAUCAAAAAGCAAAGUUGUGAGUGUGUGCAUGCUUGUGUGUGUCCACUCUGAAGU